AUUGAUUAAUUAAUCUCUUUUAUAAUGAUUUAGUGAAGGACUUAAAUCAGCCUGCAAUUUUAAAAUAAUGGAACUCAGUAAUCUAAACCGUGUAACCAGGCAUCUAUCAUGUAUUCCUCUAAUCACCCUACUAAAAGAUUAUAAUAAUAAAUGAUUCAAAGACUUUAGCAAUGAGGUAGGGUCGAGUUUUGACUUUUGACAUAUGUACAAAGUGAGAGUAGAGACUAAUUUUCAAUGGCACAAAUCCACUCAUCUCUUGAUACGUUAUCUGGGUUUAUAGCUAAAAUCUCUGUCCUCGCAAUAUCUUCAGAACUUGACCACCAAUUUUAGCAGAGAGAAUAGGCCUUGGAAACUUGCAGUUCUUUUUGGUGGAGAAGAAGCCUUGCUAAGCAAGGUGUGCACAGAUCUGAGGAAUUUCUUGCUUGGUUAAUAUAGUUCUUUGUUAUCAAAUUAAUUUUUUUUGCUGUGUUGUUGUGUUGUGCUAUCAAAAGCAGCUCUUGUGUGCUUUUCUCACUGUGGAACAUAAAUGUAGAAAUAGAUGGAGAAAAAUGAUCAAGUUUCGAUUGAUAUCGGCAAGUUAGCAAGGUCCUUGAGAAACGAGAUGGAAAUCUUGCAAUCUUUAUCUGAGGAAUGCUGUAUCUAUAGAGUACCUAUGCGACUCCGCCAAUUAAAUGAGAUAGCUUACACUCCUCGAGUAGUCUCCAUUGGUCCGCUCCAUCAUGGGAAUCAAGAGUUCAAGGCCAUGGAAGACCACAAAUUAAGAUAUUUGCAUGAUUUUCUAGAAUGGAGCAAGGUGAAUAUUGAGGAUUGCAUUAAACUAGUUCAGAAAAGCGAGAUAAGAUUACGCAAUUGUUAUGCAGAAAUCCUCAAAUUUAGCAGUGAGGAUUUUGUGAAGAUGAUAUUAUUAGAUGCCACCUUCAUCAUUGUGCUCUUGGUAAAAGCCUUCUCCACAGACUCUUGGAGUAUAAAUGAUCGUAUAUUCAAUAAACCAUGGUUGAUUGUGGACAUAAAGAGGGACAUGUCUUUGCUUGAAAAUCAACUUCCAUUCUUCAUUCUUGAGGAGUUGUUUAAGCAAUCUAAUAUGGAAGAUCGUCUAGGAUUUUCCAUCGGAGAGCUUACCUACAAUUUAUUUAAAGCAAGAUAUGAUCCGUGGUUGGCAGACGACAGUUGGAAGAGACACGAUCUCUCUAAAGUAGAGCAUAUUAUGGACUUCUUGAGAAUUUGUCAGCUGCCAUCAAAGUUAAAGGACAGAAAAAAGGAACUGAAAAAGCUGAAUGUACCGAGUUUGGGAGAGCUCCAUCAAGCAGGAGUGAAGUUUAAGUCAAGUUCAAGCAAAAAUUUGUUAGACAUAACAUUCAAUAAUGGGAUUUUGGAGAUUCCACCUCUAACAAUAGGAGAUCAUACAGAGAUUUUGUUGAGAAAUCUUUCGGCCUUUGAACAGUGCCAUUUCAAGGCUGGGGAUUAUUUUGUAAACGACUAUAUAUGCAUGAUGGCUACUAUUGUAAGGGCUCCUGAGGAUGUGGAAAUACUUGUUCAAAGUGGAAUUAUUGAAAAUUAUCUGCGGAAUAACGAAUCUGUGUUGACUCUUUUUCACAAGCUUGAUCAAGAGUGCAUAAUUUCUACCAGUUGCUUCUACUUUUCCACUGUUGCUGAAAAACUCAAGGAGUAUAGCAGGGACUCAUGGCACAAGUGGAAGGCAAACUUGAGGCAAAAUUAUUUCAAUACUCCAUGGGCUGGCAUCUCUGUGUUUGCUGCUAUUCUUCUUCUUAUGCUCACUUUCAUUCAAUCACUGUGUUCUAUCCUUCAAGUAGUGUAGGUUUGUAUAUGUAGUUUCAAGGCUUUGUUUUGUUCGAAUUAAUUAAUAGAGGAUCAUGCAUGUCUAAAGUAAAUAUAAUGUUCCUGAAUUCAUGUGUUCAUUUGCACUGAACAUACAAAUAAAUGAAAGCGUAAUACAAAUAUUUUAAUCA